GUCUCACACAUUACAGGAGCUGUCACUGGUAAAAGCAUAGUGAUAUUACAGUUUCUCAUACCUGCAUAGAUUCCAUCCAUUCACCCAUCCAUCCAUUUUCAUCCAUUUAUCCAGGAAUGAAUCAUGGGAGCAGCAGGCCAAGCAUAGCACCCCAGAUGUCCCUCUCACCCAGCAACACUUUCCAGCUCCUUCUGGGGGAUCCCAAGACAUUCCCAAGACAUGGAUUGAUGUUCAUAAAUCAACUAUGUAACUUAUUAAGCCAGAGUAGUGUGAAUGGAUCACUGAACAGGCCAACUGGGCACAAGCCAAGGGGCCCAGAGUGUUAAGGGUCCCCCUGGCCUUCGCCUGCAAAAUGCCACAUACCAACCAGAAAGAGACUCAAAAUUAAUAAUGACGUUUAAGAGACACAAACAACUACAAAACGAGGCAAAACUACCACAAGGAGACACAAAUUUAUGAGACACAAAACCACAAAAAGAUGUAUAAUGACUACAAAGGCACGGAAAACACAAAAAUUAAGAUAAAGCCACCAUAAUGUCUGUGUGUCUUGCCUCUUGGUAGGUGGGGUGGUCAUAAUCACCCCAUGUAGAGUAGUAUAACUAUUAUGAAAUAUUUUAUCUAUUUCACUCAUAUUAUUGUUUUGUGAAGCUAAACCUUUUAUUUAAGAUGCUGAAGUCACCUGUUUAAUGUAAGCUUAUUAUGUAUCUUCAUAGUCUGUCAGUUAUUUUAUUAUUCUUGGAAAGGAAACCCUCACAUAGCCUAUUUAUGCUUAUAUACUGGUAUAUUUUUUUAAGUAAUAAUAAACUUACACAUUUCUAAGUGAGUAAUUCACAGAUGAGUUUGUUAGUUACUAAAGUAUAACAUCAUAACAUAACGAGAGUCCAAAAGUGUUACACAAUCCGUUGGCUUCUUGAAUGCCUCGCGUGUUCCUGUCCCCGGAACCUUCCUUCUCCUUCCUGCUCACCACGAGCGUAUUUUGAUGGAGCACACGGAGAGCGAGGCCAAGGCGAAGUGACACGGCGGGACAUUCAUGUUAAAACGUGAACUGACAGUAGGAGCUGAAAAUUUCCCCUCGAAAAGAAGCGUUUUAAUGUCACCGUGACUAUAAAACAUGUCCGCAACCUAAAUGUUUGUUGUUCUGCGUCAUAAAAAUGUCCAGGAUCUGAAACAAGUUCGUCACCAUUUCAAAGAUGGAAUCCCUCUCCCCAAAUACUGAGGUUCGCCUGGCGGUGGCUCAGUGUUUCCGGACUCUCACUACAUCCACAGAUACCAAAGACAUUAUCUCCGCUCUUCAAACACUCCACUCUUAUUUGGAUGACGGACCAGAGAGUAGAACCACUUCAGUUCAGCGAGCAGAGUUCAGGAGAGCUCACUUCACCCGCACCCUUCAGUUCCUUGUCAGCAACAUCCAGGCUGACUGGUCGGCGAGCCUCACAGCAGCCCAGCGCACAGAGUUAUGGGAUGGCCUGUUCCUCAAAGGCCCUCCAGAGCAGGCGCUGCUGGUGCUGAUGGAGGGAAUAGGAGAGCUGAGAACCAGCACAAACCUGAACCACUUGGUCAGCAUCGCUGUGAAGUUCCUUCAGAGCGGUCGACUCGCCGACCUGCUGUGGUCCUACUGUCUGGAUACAGGUCCCUCUGACUCCCCCCAGCUCAGAGAGACUCUGCUGGGACGUAUUGUGGCGCUGCCGGACCUCACCGCCAACAGGUUACAUCCGAACAACAAGCCCCUUUUUCUCCCUCAGCAGUACUACCCACUGCUGGCAGCAGAGAUGCUCACUGCUCUGGAGCGGACCUGCCAAGCGCUCAAAGAAGGCACAGACUGCUCCCUGACUUUCAUGGCUCAGACACUUGGAAAAGUGUGUAUCCAGGGUCACAGUGGUUUGUUGAUGGCAGUGAUGGCUCCUCGGCUGUCUGCGUACACAUGCUCAGACAUGGUGUGGCAGAGGGUUUGCUGGAAGCUGCUGGAGAACGUUCCCCAGCGAUGGAUGGAGAGCGUGCUCACUGCACUGGUGCAGGCUGUCGCUGGGCCUGAUGCCCUGGGCAGGAUCAUUGGGAAUCUAGUGUUAAGAAAUAAAAAGGCCCAGUUUGUCAUCACUCAUAAACUGCUGUUACUGCAGUACAAAUAUGAGACUCGAGUCUUGAGAAUUGUGCUGGGUUACCUCGCAGCAGACCGGGAGCGAAGGCCACUGCUCAUCCAGGUGUUACGGUCUGUGUCCCAGGCCUGGGCUAACCCCAGUGCAGUGAAGCACACACCUCUAGAGCAGCAGCUGUAUGUCAGCAAGGCCUUACUGCUGAGUGUGAGUCUGCUUAAGGACUCCGAGCUACAGGAGUUACGCUCAGAGUUACUUCAGUGUAUGCUGGGCGGCAUGCAGAGCCACCUGGACAGCAGCGUGGUGCGCAUCAGGCGUAUGGGCAUGGUGGUGGGAGAGUGCCUGAGCGCUCGCAUGGAUAUAAAUAAGACAAAGCUCAAGUUUGAGUACGAUCAGGACGAUGAAACUCAAGAGCUGCUUUCUUUGAUGACUCCUAUUACUGGUGAUGAACCAGAGGCCGAGCCUGAGAACAGAGUCGACUCUCCUCAAGAGACCAAAGAAACAGCUCCAUCUGCUGCGAAUGUAUCAUCUCAGAAUGAGUCAAAAACUGACCCAGACUCCGACCUCGACAGCGACGAUGAGCUCACUCCGUACGAUAUGUCUGGUGAUCAGGAAAUGAGUAAAGCAUCCCCACCUCGCUACCUGCGAGACUGUCUUGAAACUUUAAUUUCCUCAGAGGACUCUGUGCGUGUGGAGCUCAGUUUGAGAGCAGCGGAGGGUUUGGUGAGGAAGAACAUCUUCGCAACCAGAGAGAUCAGUGUCCAGCUGACCAAAGUGCUUCUUCACAUGGAGAAUAAAUACAGCAUAACUGGCUUCCUGAGUCUCAGACAGGCGACUAUGGUGGCACUCACCGUCACUGACUGUAUCCCUGUGACUCAGUAUCUGACCACAGAGUUCUACUCCUUGAACUACAGUCUGCGCCAGCGGCUCGAUAUCUUGGAGGUCCUCGCUCUGGCAGCUCAGGAGCUCUCUAAGCCAGUGUUUGAAAAGAGAAAUCCAUCUGUGGGUGUUGCUGCCAGCACUGAUCUGACUCCAUACCCUGGUGACAACCCUGUUCACUGGCGACAAGUGGUAGAGAAGCGAAUUCAAAGCAAGACAAAACGUCUCAGUAAGGGUGCCACACAACCUCCAGCGAAGGCCAUGCCGAACCGUUACGCCCCUGUUGCUGGACACUUCUUUUUUCCUCUGCUCAGUAAUUAUGACAAACCUCAGGUGACCUUUGAUCUGUUGGGCGGCGACCAUCUUGUACUGGGCCGGUUGAUCCACACCUUGGGCCUCCUCAUGCAUCUAGCAGUCAAUGCACCGAUAGCUGCACAGAUGGGUCAGGCUUUGCUGGACUUUGUGUGGGCGGUGCGCUACCAUGUUGACCAGAUGGUGAGACGAGGCGUCCUCUUCGCUGUUUGCUCGGUGUUUCUGAGCAUGCCCAGUCAAAACCUGCUGCUGGACCUCAGUGAUCAGCUGUUUGAGACCAGAACAUGGCUGGCAGAUGUGGCUGAAGGAGACCCUGAUGCAGAUUGCCGGAGUCUGGCUGUACAGAGUCUGGUGCUGCUGGAUAAGAGCCUGAAGAAACAACUACAAGAUCAACAAGCACUGAGCACGGAGUCAUGAUGAUCACAGCAUCCACGCUGAACAAUGAAACACCGAACGUGUCUCAGAUGUGGGGGAGGGCUCUACUGUACCUCCGCCUCGUCCUCACGGAGCCUGGAGGAUUGAGGUCGAUGGAAGUGAUGCUCCGGAUAUUUGCUGACACGUUUUCAUAUCCUGGAACACACACACAGCCAUCCAGCGGAAAAGGAGGGCACAUGUCUUCUCACGUGUUUGUGAAUGUCUCUCUGCAUGCUUAAAUCAUGCACUCACACGCACAUUGCAACAACCUGUAUUGUUUAGAUGAACAUGUAUAUAAUUUAUGAACAACAUAAAAUAUUGAUUGAAUGGAGAAUAGGAUGCCAUUUUUGUCCACCAAUAAAAAGCAGGUUAUGAGGAUAUCCUUCUCGACCUCUUUCCUGUACUGGCACAUCUCUCUGUACUGUGGUUGUUUGUUUGCAAAGGACAUCCUGUGAAUAUUCACGUGCGUACAUGCAGUGACAGAUAAUGGAAAUACUACUACUACUUCCUCGUGUGACCUGAAUAAAAUGUCUUCAUCUCUAUGUCCACAAACCAUGGAAUAUUUUGAAAUAUACUUUUAUUUAUUACUAAACA